AUGUGGGGGACCAAGGUCCACCCAUCAACACCAUCUGUGCGCCCCCUACAUCCAGCACUCUUCGGGAUCCAAAGCAAUACCGAAUUCAGGACUCUGGAUCCCGGAAGUGACAGUUCCACCGAGAGUGACUGUUUCAGGAUCGAGGUUAUCCUGUCAUCCGAGGAUGCUGUGUGUUCGUAUUCAUCAGAUGCAGUCAAUGAUGCCCUGAGCGAGAACGGAAUCAAAGUGGAUGACUAUGAUACGCUUCAUCUGAAUAUUACCGACAAUGAGAUGAUACGAAUUUGGGAAAAAACUAAACUUCAUGGCAGAAACGCGGAUGAAGACAUCCAACCCUGGUUUGCUGAGGAUGAUAGGGACGAAGAAGCAAGACACAUAUAUGGGUCAGUGUUUCAGAUUUCCCAGACAAAGAGCGACAAAGAAGAGACGUAUGCGUUUAUGAAGGAAGUUUUGAAUAAGUCUGCCGGUAAUCCAGAGAAUAUUACUGUUGACGCUGGUGUUGAAAUAUCGGCUAGUCCAUACAGUCCGUUCCUACAUGAUGCGAUGAUUCUGUAUGCAAUGGCUGCAAAUAAAACCCUCGAGAUGGGAGGAGAUAUCCGAGAUGGAGAAUUGAUGUUUGACAACAUGAAGGGUACUGUAUUCAGCGGGAUGUCCGGUACCGUGAUGAUGGAUGACAAUGUUGAACGGGAGCCAAACUAUUGGGUGAAAGAUUUGAGAUCCGACGGUUAUUUUGUAACCAUCAUGGAAGUUAGUGUAAAUGCAGCAGGACAACGGAGCAUGAAUGUAUUCGAUGCUCCUAUAUGGGAAAACGAACAAAUAGAUACACCACCAGACACUCCAUUAUGCGGUUUUGUUAAUGAGUUAUGUCCGCUAGAUGAGACAGAGACGAAACUGAUAAUAUUCAUCAUUGUAGUCAUUGUAAUGUUUCUGGUAUGUCUGUUACUUGUGCUAUCUCUUUAUUACCGACGUAGAAAGCUAGAGGAAGAGCUUGCAAAUACACUGUGGAAAGUUCGGUAUGAGGAAAUUGUAUUCAACAGCAUCAGAAGUUUCGACAGUGGGGUAUGUUGUCUUAGCGUAGACUACGACCACUAUGCGUGUCGUAGAUUUCAGGCUAUGCUAUGUAUGUUAUUGCAGAUAAGUGAACUUAGCUCACGUACUUUACCAAACGGACACGGCAUAGCAGCCGAACAGAUUUUUACACAAACUGGACUUUAUAGAAAUGAACAGGUAGCCAUAAAACGACUGAACAGAGAACGUAUUGUUAUCGAUCGGGAAGCCUUGCGGGAAAUGAAAGAUUUGCGUGACAUGCAUAAUUCGAAUGUGAAUCCAUUCAUUGGAAUCUGCCCAGAUGCGCCUAAUAUAUGUAUAUUAACACGGUAUUGUUCAAAAGGAAGCCUCCAGAAUGUUUUGCAUAACGAUGACAUGAAGCUUGAUUGGUUGUUUAAAACAUCUUUUCUGACUGACCUAGUUUCGUUAGAGUGUUUUCUAUGUAAAAUAUUUAGGGAAUGGAGUACUUACAUCAAGUCGACAAUUGGUUCCCAUGGCCGUUUGAAAUCAUCUAACUGUGUGAUUGACAGUCACUGGAUUUUGAAAGUCACCGACUAUGGUUUAAAUCGAUUUAAAAACGAAACUCAGGAUAAUGGCGAUUAUGCUUAUUUUACAGGCCAGCUGUGGACUGCACCAGAAAUCUUACGUAUCAGUCAACGUCCACUUAACGGCACGCAGAAAGGCGACGUAUACAGCUUUGCUAUAAUUAUCAGAGAAACAUUGACCAGAAGUGGACCUUUCGAUACGGAAAAUCAUAAUCACAAAGACAUUGUGGAAUUAGUUCGUAAAGGUAGUAGAAACCCCUUCCGACCUGAUAUAACUGUACCUGGCGAAAAUACACAAGAUCAAUUGAGUAUGAUAUCUUUGAUGCAAAAAUGCUGGGACGAGGAUGAAUAUAUGAGACCAUCGUUUCGGAAAAUUAAGACGACACUGCAAAGCAUUGCACGUGGGAAGAAUACCGAUAUUAUGGACAACAUACUAAACAUGAUGGAGAAAUAUGCCAACAAUCUUGAGGAUAUUGUUGAGGAAAGAACACAGAUGCUGAUAGACGAAAAGAAGAAAACUGACAAAUUGUUGUACAGUAUGCUCCCAAGGAGCGUGGCAGAUCAACUUAAACUCGGCAGAAAAGUAGAUGCAGAAUUAUAUGACCAGGUCACAAUAUUCUUCUCCGACAUCGUUGGAUUCACCCAGCUUAGUGCUGAAAGCACGCCUCUUCAGGUAGUCGACUUUCUCAAUGACUUGUACACCAUGUUUGAUGACACAAUCGUCAACUUUGAUGUCUACAAGAGCGUUCAAAACACGUAUUGA